CCAUACUCUUCCCCGUCGUCAUCUUCUUCCCCUGGCCGAGAUCUGCAAAUUCCCGAUUGCCAGAUCUCCCGUUGCCCGUAUUCGUCGUCGGCUCGCGCCGAAGCUCCCCUCCCUCCGACAAUGGCGAUUCCGCCGCUGCGCCUGACCGCCGCCGCCGCCGCCGCUGUCAUCGUCCCCGUCUCCCUGUGCCUGCUCCUCGCCUUCGCCCGGUCCGGCGUCUCGGCCGCGCGCGACGUCGCCACCCACCCCACCGCCAUGGUCCUCCCGCUGUUCCUCUCGCCCCCAGACGCCUCCCGGGCCGCCUCCUCCUCCCGCCGGCAUCUCCAGCGAUCGGAUAGCCCCAACGCGCGCAUGUCUCUGUACGACGAUCUCCUCCUCAACGGGUACUAUACUACGAGGCUUUGGAUUGGAACGCCGCCUCAGAAAUUCGCGCUGAUCGUUGACACGGGAAGCACUGUCACUUAUGUGCCGUGCUCUACCUGCGACCAGUGUGGCCGUCAUCAGGAUCCAAAGUUCCAACCUGAAUUGUCAAGUACCUACCAACCCGUCAAAUGCAACAUUGAUUGCACGUGUGAUGACAACAGAGUGCAGUGUAUUUACGAGAGGCAGUAUGCUGAAAUGAGUACUAGCAGUGGUGUGCUUGGCGACGACAUAGUAUCCUUUGGCAAUCUUAGUGAACUUGCCCCACAACGUGCUGUUUUUGGUUGUGAAAAUGUUGAAACAGGCGACCUUUUUAGCCAGCAUGCUGAUGGCAUAAUGGGGCUUGGCCGUGGAGAUCUCAGUAUUGUUGAUCAACUUGUUGAGAAAGGCGUAAUUAGUGAUUCAUUCUCCUUAUGUUAUGGUGGAAUGGAAAUUGGUGGCGGUGCUAUGGUUCUUGGUGGAAUAUUUCCACCAUCAGACAUGGUGUAUGCAUAUUCAGAUGCUGGACGUAGUCCCUAUUACAAUAUUGAUCUGAAGGAGAUACAUGUUGCGGGGAAGCAAUUGGCUCUAAAACCCAGUGUUUUUGAUGGAAAACAUGGAACUGUCCUGGACAGUGGUACAACAUAUGCAUACCUACCAGAAGCUGCCUUUUUAGCUUUUAAAGAAGCUCUUAUGAAGGAAGUCCAGUCUCUUAAGCAGAUCCGCGGUCCCGAUCCCAAUUACAAUGACAUUUGCUUUUCUGGGGCGGGAAGUGACAUUUUUCAACUCACAAAGACAUUUCCAGUGGUGGACAUGGUUUUUGGGAAUGGGCAAAAGCUGUCACUAUCACCUGAAAAUUACUUAUUCAGGCAUUCAAAGGUGCGCGGCGCAUAUUGCCUGGGCAUUUUUCAGAACGGAAAGGAUCCAACAACUCUUUUAGGAGGUAUCAUUGUGCGUAAUACCCUUGUGAUGUAUGAUCGUGAGCAUUCAAAGAUUGGUUUUUGGAAAACAAAUUGUUCUGAGCUGUGGGAAAGACUUCAACAGUCUAAUGCUCCUCCACCAUUGCCUUCAGCUCCGGAUGGAAAGGGCCCACCUGAGGAUAUGCCACCCAACCUAGCUCCUAGGGCACCAGCAGAUUUCAAUAUUCCAGAAAUUCAAAUUGGAGAGAUUACAUUUGACUUGUCCUUGAGCGUCAACUACUCAGAUCUCAAUCCUCACAUCACAGAGCUUACUGAAUUCAUAGCUCAUGAGUUAGCUUUAAAUGUUUCACAGGUCCAUUUAGUGAGUCUUACGGCCAAAGGAAAUGAUUCCAUUGUUAGGUGGUGCAUCCUUCCUGGUGGAAAGGGGGCCUAUAUGUCCAAUACAACUGCCACGGAAAUUAUUGCCAGGCUUUCCGAACAUCGAGUGCAGCUUCCUAACACCUUUGGAAGUUAUCAGUUCAUCGAAUGGCAUGUUGAACCUCCUGUGGCACGGACGUGGUGGCAAGAGCAUUAUGUGGUUGUAAUUUCAGCAACUAUCAUUGCUUUAGUAAUUGCAUCUUUAGCUUCUGGCGGAUGGUUUGUUUGGAAACGUCGACAGCAGUCUAUAACUGCUUACAAGCCUGUUGACUCGAUUGUUCCUGAGCAAGAACUCCAGCCCCUAUGAGGUCUUUAUGCUGUGUGUGGAUGACUUUCUCUUAAAACUCAUGUCAGAUGUCAAUGGGUUCACCAUACCGUCCUCGUGGCUCAAGAUUUUUGUCUUUGCAGAGAAAAGGUUUGUGCUUAGAGAGGCAAUUGUACCGCGUUACUUUUGAAUUAUUAUACAGAAGAAAUUGUUCACAUUCUGGAAAUAGGGAAUUUUGAUCAUUUGCUUAUUAGGUGUACAUAACUGGUUAUAUGUCACAAUGUGAAUGAUAACCCUGAUUCUUUGGCUUUCA